GAGUGGAUUGCGGUGGCACAUAAAUAGAAGAAGACUUCAUUCAGCCAUUACUCUGAAGCAGGUCGCAGCGGCUGCUGGUGGAGGACAAACCCGACAACAUGUUAUCUGUUAGAGUUGCUUCUGCUCUGGCGAGAGCUCUGCCCAGGAGAGCCGCUUUUGUGUCGAAGACUCUGCCGGCCGCUUGCAUCGGGGUCAACCACCUCCACACACACAGACCAUGGCUGCAGAAGACAGGCACAGCUGAGGUCUCCUCAAUUCUGGAGGAGAAGAUCUUGGGAGCUGACACUUCAGCUGACCUGGAGGAGACUGGUCGUGUGCUGUCCAUUGGUGAUGGUAUUGCCAGAGUGUACGGCCUGAGAAAUGUCCAGGCAGAGGAGAUGGUGGAAUUUUCCUCUGGACUGAAGGGCAUGUCUCUGAACUUGGAGCCUGACAAUGUUGGUGUUGUGGUGUUCGGUAAUGACAAACUGAUCAAGGAGGGAGAUAUUGUCAAGAGAACCGGAGCCAUUGUGGAUGUUCCUGUUGGGGAAGAACUGCUGGGCCGUGUAGUGGACGCUCUGGGAAAUGCCAUCGACGGAAAGGGUCCCCUGGGUUCUAAAACCCGAAGGCGUGUGGGUCUGAAGGCUCCUGGUAUCAUCCCCCGUAUUUCUGUGAGGGAGCCUAUGCAGACGGGUAUCAAGGCUGUUGACAGUCUGGUGCCCAUCGGUAGAGGCCAGCGUGAGCUGAUCAUCGGCGACAGGCAGACUGGCAAAACCGCCAUCGCUAUUGACACGAUCAUCAACCAGAAGCGCUUCAACGAGGGAACUGAUGAGAAGAAGAAGCUGUACUGUAUCUACGUGGCUAUCGGCCAGAAGAGAUCCACCGUGGCUCAGCUGGUGAAGAGGCUGACUGAUGCCGAUGCCAUGAAGUACACCAUCGUGGUGUCUGCCACCGCCUCCGAUGCGGCUCCUCUGCAGUACCUGGCCCCCUACUCUGGCUGCUCCAUGGGAGAGUACUUCAGAGACAACGGCAAGCAUGCUCUGAUCAUCUAUGAUGAUCUGUCCAAGCAGGCUGUGGCCUACCGUCAGAUGUCUCUGCUGCUGCGUCGUCCUCCUGGUCGUGAGGCCUACCCCGGUGAUGUGUUCUACCUGCACUCCCGUCUGCUGGAGAGAGCUGCCAAGAUGAACGACAACUUUGGAGGCGGCUCCCUCACUGCUCUUCCUGUCAUUGAAACCCAGGCUGGAGAUGUGUCUGCCUACAUCCCCACCAAUGUCAUCUCCAUCACAGAUGGACAGAUCUUCUUGGAGACUGAGCUGUUCUACAAGGGUAUCCGCCCUGCUAUCAACGUGGGUCUGUCUGUGUCCAGAGUCGGUUCUGCUGCCCAGACCAGAGCCAUGAAGCAGGUGGCCGGUACCAUGAAGCUGGAGUUGGCUCAGUACCGUGAAGUGGCUGCUUUUGCCCAGUUUGGUUCCGACUUGGACGCUGCCACCCAGCAGCUGCUGAACAGAGGCGUCAGGCUCACAGAGCUGCUCAAACAAGGACAGUACUCCCCCAUGGCCAUUGAGGAGCAGGUAACGGUCAUCUACGCCGGUGUCAGAGGUCACCUGGACAAGAUGGAGCCCAGCAAGAUCACAAAGUUCGAGAAAGCCUUCCUGCAGCACAUUCUCAGCCAGCACCAGGACCUGCUCGCUGCAAUCAAAGCUGAUGGCAAGAUCUCAGAAGCGUCGGACGCCAAACUGAAGCAGAUUGUACUCAACUUCCUGUCCAGCUUUGAGUGAAGGCCAGCACUUGUUAAUCUUCAGUGAGCCUCCUGUUCGUCUCCCGUGAUGCGUCUAUUUGUGAACACACUGAAGGCCGAAACCUCCAUGUACAGAUUUGUCCCAAUAAAAUUUUACAACCUCCAA